UCUGUGGGUGAAGCGGACUACACGGACCGGGGUGGACUUCCCUGAUUUUUUACUUUCUUUUAUUUCUUUUUUUUUAACACUUGGGUUAGGUUAUUGUGAUUUAUGGAAGUGUCCGGUUUUAUUGCAGCCUUGAAUCCGUUAUUUUGUUGCAGAGAGAGGCAUGUGCUGAUCUGUUAGAGGUCGGUGGAAAGUCGACCGCUGUCACUUUUGAUUCAUGGACUCGACACGGACUUUAGCGGAAAGUAUUUCAGUCCAGAGAGUGUUACAAGGUUGACUUAAUUCACUUGAAUACCAAGAUUUAGGGACCAUGAAUUUGUCUUUGGACAGCAUGGACAUUCUGAAGAUUGUGCUGCUCAUCUUUGAGGCUGUUUUGCUGACUGACUGCAGAGGACCUCCACGAGUGUCUGAGAAAGUUGAGCACAGACAGACAGCCCGGCUGGGCAGUGCCAUCAAGCUGCCAUGUCCGGUGGAAGGAGACCCUCCACCCCUCAUAAUGUGGACCAAAGAUGCACGCAACAUCCACAGCGGCUGGAUUCGCUUCCGCAUCCUCCGCAUGGGCCUGAAGAUCAAAGAGGUGGAGACAGAUGAUGCAGGGACCUACAUCUGCAAAGCAACAAACGGCUUUGGUAGUGUUAACGUCAACUACACCCUCAUCGUCAUCGAUGAUUCAGGUUCUGAUAAAACUGGACCCAGAGCACCUGAUGGAACCAAUUCUGAGCUGGGUGGUGAAAAAUUCGUGCGCCCCCGCUUCACUCAACCGACUAAGAUGAGGAAGAGGGUGAUAGCUCGCCCUGUGGGCAGCUCAGUGCGGCUCAAGUGCACAGCCAGUGGAAACCCUCGACCGGACAUCAUGUGGCUGAAGGACGACAGGCCGCUGACGGAACAGGAAGUCGGCGAGGGCCGUCAGAAGAAGUGGACUCUGAGUCUGAAGAACCUGAUGCCAGAGAACAGCGGCAGAUACACCUGCAGGGUCUCCAAUCGGGCAGGGGAGAUCAACGCCACGUACAAAGUUGAGGUCAUACAGAGGACAAACUCCAAACCUGUUCUGACAGGCAGUCACCCAGUCAACACAACGGUGGACUACGGAGGCACCACGUCCUUCCAGUGCAAAGUGAGGAGCGACGUUAAGCCGGUCAUUCAGUGGCUCAAACGCGUGGAGACUAACGAGGAGAGCCGCUACAACUCCACGAUCGAGGUAGGGGACCAUAGGUUUGUGGUGCUGCCCACGGGGGAAGUGUGGUCGAGGCCCGACGGCUCCUACCUCAACAAGCUGCUCAUUACUCGCGCCAAGGAGGAGGACGCUGGCAUGUACAUCUGCUUAGGCGCCAACACCAUGGGCUACAGCUUCCGCAGUGCCUUCCUGAGUGUGCGGCCAGACACUAAGCCUCACAUGACGCCCAUGUUUUCGCCAGCCUCCAGCUCCCUCCCCUGGCCUGUCAUCAUUGGCAUCCCUGCAGUAAUAGUGUUCAUCUUUGGUGCAGUGCUGCUGUGGUUCUGCCAGAGCAGAAAACACUGUCCCCCUCCCAGCUCCCCGACCGCACAGGUACUGCAGAGCUCCCACCGGCUGCCGUAUCGGGAGCGGGACAGGGGCUGCGUGGCUCCCUCGUCCAGCUCCUCCAGCCCCGAGAAAGACUGUGUGACGUCCAUGAACUAUGAGGAGUACCUUGCGCAGCAGCAGCUCCUCCUCAGCCAGGGAGGACCAACAAUUCCUGCUAAAAUCUACCCCAAAAUCUACACAGACAUUCACACACACACUCACUCCCAUGUGGAUGGCAAAGUACAUCAGCAUCAGCACAUUCAUUUUCAGUGUUAGUACCAAAUAUUCCCUUCGAACUCCUCCAGUACGGACAUUGAGCCGCGGACUGAAAAGCAGCUCCGGAGCGACACUCACCUGGCAUUACUUUUUUUAAAAGCUGUCUUCUCACAGCUGGACAUUGUUGGGAAAUUGUGUGGAAAAACAGCGGCCAGUGAAACACACCUUGUGUUAUUACAUAAAAACUUCCAUAUUUGGUGCUCUUUUCUUUUUUUACCUGUCAGAUUCUCACACCACUAAAGAUGGAUUACUCUUUGUUGGGCACUUAAUACAAAGAAGUAACAGGACUUUUUUGCAAAGUGUGAGAUUAUUAGCAGCUAUUAGGACCAGCUUAAAGGUCUUCCUCAUCAGAUGAACCUUCCUUUUUCUCAAAUGGAAGUUUGGUUUUUAUCUUUCACAUGAUCAGCUGUUGGAGCGCAGAGAUGAAAAUGGUACUUAAGAUUUACAAAAGGGCUGGUUUUAUGCUCCUACUCAGGUUGUCCUUUUGUUUGUUAAAGAUGCAUUACGGUGGGAAUGCUGACCACUAUCCUUCAUAUUACCUUUCUCCAUCCCUCACUCCUGUUAAAAGAAUCGACAGGUAAGAUUUUAUAGCCUUUCACAGCAUGAAAACCUUGCUGAAGACUGCAAGGGAUAGAAUAACUUACAUUUCCAUGUUAACUGUAUUGGUCUACGUUAUAAUUUUUAAUGUUUUUUGGUAGCUUCCCAUCAGUAGCCAGUAGUAUGUUGACAAAAACCAGAAGUCUCUUUGACAGCAGCUUUAUCCAGCCAGUUCAUGAAGCUGUAGUCAUUUAUAAUCAAACUGAGUCAUGAAUAUUUAAUUUAUUUUGCUAAAAAAAAAAAAAAAAAAU